AUGUCAUUCACAGAAGAAGAAACCAAGCUGGGAAAGAGCCUGUUUGAAGCAUGUUCCUUCACCGAGCGGCCCAUUGCAAAGGACUCUCAUCUCGAGACAGUCCGCCAAGUGAUGCGCAAGAACAUUCCUGCCACCAUCACCACCUCGGAUUUGGGUCUGUUCACCGACGAGGAAGAGGCCACCAAGAAGAAGGAGAUCAUCCAGGGCGAUAUCACUAUCGAUGGAACCACACCUUUGCAUGUCAUCUGCUCAUCUUUCCCCAGCGAUGCCACGGCGGAGGAGCUUGAGGUGGCUCUCGAAAUGAUGCGGGAACUGUUCCAAUGGGGAGCCGGAUGGAUGCUGCUAGACGAACAGGGACAGACUCCAGGAUGUGUCGCGUGGGACAGAAGCAAGGCGGAGGCUCGAGACUCGGUUCUGGCGAGCGUGUACAACGAGAUUGUGUCUGCAGGAACCCGAUCUGAGGUCUUUCUGCGCCGAAUCAACAAGUCUGAAAACGUGGAGUUCCUCAGCGACGAUGACGACGAGGAAAUGGACGUCGACGACGAUGAAGAGGAUGAGUCACGUGAUGGCGAGGAGACUGGAGACAUCCAGCAGGCAAUUGCCGAUGCCAUCAAGCAGGCCAAGGAAGCUGGUCUGGAGGUGGUUGUUGAUGGGGAGACUGUUGAAGAGGUUCCCGAGCUGGUUGGAGACAAGGAGGACGAGAAGAACAAUGAGUCAGCAGCACAGAAUGAGGUUGAUUUAGCUGGUUCUCAGAUGGAUUAUCUCAAGGAUAAACUCACAUACACAGAUGACAACAAGACUCUGAUUACUACUCAGAACGACGGAGUAAUGAUGGAUUGGGAGGACGAGAUUAUGCAAAAGAGUGCGGAUCUGCUGGUGUCGCGAGCAGAUAAGGAGUCUGACGGUCCUGUAGUCCUGAACGUGGGUUUUGGACUUGGAAUCAUCGACACUUACCUGCAGUCUAAGAAGCCAUCCAAGCAUUACAUCUGUGAAGCUCAUCCUGAUGUUCUUGAGAAGAUGGAGAAGGACGGUUGGAUGGACAAGCCUGGUGUGACUGUUCUUGUGGGACGAUGGCAAGAUACUCUCCCAGGGCUGCUCAGCCAGGGAGUGUACUUUGACGGAAUGUACUACGACACAUUUUCGGAAAACUACAGCGAUCUGGUGGAUUUCUUCGACCACGUUGUUGGUCUGCUGGCCCCCACCGGCGUCUUCUCUUUCUUCAACGGACUUGGAGCCGAUCGACAGGUCUGUUAUGAUGUCUACAAGAACGUGGUUGAGGUCGAUUUACAGGAGUAUGGGCUCAAUGUCGAGUACCAAGUGAUCAAGGUGAACAAGGACGUGACUGGAGCCGAUGGUCAUGUUUGGGAUGGAAUUAAGCGACGGUACUGGGUCGUGGAGGACUUUUAUCUGCCAGUGUGCACUUUUUAA